GAACUCCCGCUGGCACCGAGGAGAUCCCCGUCCCGUGUCUGCCAGGACUCCAUAUCCAAUCACGGAGCAAUGGCAGCGAUGAUUGAACUGAAUGCUUGGAUUCGGCUUAAUGCACAGCAACACGGGAUCCGCUCAAUUAUUGCGUAAAAGCGCCGUAGAAUAAAAAAAGAAAACAUGCAGGAGAAGCUAACGGACAAACAAACUCGCACUUCAUCCAAUGCAUCGUCGUUUUUCAUCGAGAACCUACUAGGCAAGGGACGGGAUGGACACGACUCGAUUACGGACAGGAGUCGUGGGACAGCUGGUUUAGAGACGCGCUCCAUCGGCCGAGUACAAAAAGUACAUCACGCCGACGCGAGCGCUCCUGCGCCGGAUGGCUCCAGCCUCACCGCUCGGUACCCGGACACCGGCCCGACGCUGCAGUGGUACCGCGGCGGCGGAGCGGCCGCCUUCAAGUACCGAGCUUUGGAAAAGCCACAAAGUCCAAGAGAUAAUACAAGUUCCGACGACCACUUCUGCUCCACGUCGAACAGCGAUCGGUGCUCACCCGCCGUAUCCGAGCCGAUGACGGAGGGCAGCGACGAAACUGACCGGAAAACGGCCGACAGCAGCCUGACGGACGACAACGACGACGUGCACAGCAGUUUUGACGCACGCUCGGAGCUGGAUGCGUCCUCGGAUCCGAGCUCCACCCGGAAGAAGAAGACCCGGACCGUGUUCAGCCGCAGUCAAGUGUUUCAGCUGGAGUCCACCUUCGACGUGAAACGCUACCUGAGCAGUUCGGAGAGAGCGGGCCUGGCGGUGUCUCUCCACCUGACAGAGACCCAGGUCAAAAUAUGGUUUCAGAACCGGAGGAAUAAAUGGAAGAGACAGCUGGCGGCGGACCUCGAGGCCGCACACAUCCCCCACUCGACCCAGCGGAUUGUGAGGGUCCCCAUUCUGUACCACGAGGGGCCCGCGACCUCUGCGGGGCUGGGCUUCAAUCUGAACGGACACGUUCUCUCUCCCGCAGUCACGGGCUUCUCCGGCUCCAUCAGCUACCCUCUGUCCUCGUUCGCUCAGUCCAUGAGCAUGCUAAGAUCACAGAUGACCGGCUUGGUUUAA